UGUCUUUGGACUGCUCAUUGUCGUUAUCACUGAUACAUUCGACAUGUUUUGUUGUUCUUCUCUUCGAACGUCAUUCUCUUGAAGUUUACUCGUCGUGUUAAUAAAACCUCUACCGAAAAACUGGAAUAAUGGUGAAUGUACCUAAACAGAGACGUACGUACUGCAAGAAAUGUAAGGUACAUAAGGUACACAAGGUAACACAGUACAAAAAGUCUAAGGAACGUCAAGCUUCCCAGGGUCGUCGUCGUUACGACCGAAAACAAAGUGGUUUCGGUGGUCAGACUAAGCCUAUUUUCAGAAAGAAGGCUAAAACAACCAAGAAAAUUGUAUUAAGGAUGGAGUGUUCCGAAUGCAAAUACCGUAAACAAAUCCCAUUGAAACGUUGCAAGCAUUUUGAAUUGGGAGGUGACAAGAAACGAAAGGGACAAAUGAUCCAGUUUUAAGUCCAAACAUUUUUUUGUUACUUUUAAGACCAAUAUAUAAGUGCUACUGCAAAA